UCAGAGGGGUCUGCGCAGGGGAGUAGAGGGAGGGUGCAGGGGGUCAAGGGCUCCGAGGGCUUCCUGGCUCCAGACGGUCCUGGGACGCGAGGCUCGUGGCGAGUGAUUAAACUGCCGGGGGAGGAAGAUUUCCAAGAGAGAGGCCACAGAAGCGGGUUUGUAGGGGCGGGGGGCGUUUUCUGGGACCUCCCCACGUUUCAGCAGCAGCCCCCGAGGAAGGCAAGAGGGUUGGAAGAUGGGGAGACAGAUGCAGCAGCGCCAGGGAAGCCCGUGAAAAGGGCCUCGCUGUCUGUCGGAGGAAGCCUCCCCUCCCUAACAGCAGUGACUUCCUCCUGGGAUACCGGUCCCGGCCCACCUCGCUCCUCCUGGGUCCCACGGAGCUGGGAGUGAGCUCCCGGGGAGCCUGGCGGGCUUUCUCUGGACGCUGCCUUUCUCAGCCCGACCCGAGCGCAUCCUCUUCAAUGAUCCAAAAGUCCCGGGCCCCGCUACUCAAAACUCAAGAUGUUGGAGACAGAGUGGAAACUCUUAUGUUGCAUCCUGCCAUAAAGGCCUUUCUGUGUGGUUCCAUCGGUGGGACCUGUUCUGCUCUUCUUUUUCAACCUUUGGAUCUGCUUAAAACCCGACUGCAGUCUCUCCCAGCACACCAUGGGUCUAAACGCAUUGGAAUGGUCUCUUUGUUAUGCAAGGUGGUUCGCACAGAGAGUCUGCUGGGACUUUGGAAAGGAAUGUCUCCAUCCAUUGCAAGAUGUGUCCCUGGAGUCGGGAUCUACUUUGGGACCCUCUACUGCAUGAAGCAGUACUUUCUCUUGGGGCAGCCCCCUACAGCCCUUCAGUCUGUCAUGCUGGGUAUUGGCUCCCGGGCUGUUGCAGGGGUCUGCUUGUUACCCAUCACUGUGGUCAAGGCAAGGUAUGAGAGUGGGCAGUAUGGCUAUGAGAGCAUCCGUGGCGCCCUGAAGAACAUCUAUCAAACAGAAGGGCACAAGGGCUUGUUCAGGGGAUUGACGGCCACGCUUCUCCGAGAUGCGCCCUUUUCGGGGAUCUACCUGAUGUUUUACAACCAGACCAAGAAGGUUGUGAUGAAAGAUGAAUUGGAUGCUGCCCUCGUUCCCUUUGUGAACUUCAGUUGUGGGGCUUUUGCUGGCAUUCUGGCAUCCUUGGUAACUCAGCCCGCAGAUGUUGUCAAAACACACAUGCAGCUGUCACCGGAGAAAUUUCGGAGGAUUGACCAAACUGUCACAGUCAUUUUCAAAGAUUAUGGGCUAGUCGGCUUCUUCCAUGGUGGUGUUCCCCGUGCCCUUAGACGAACUCUGAUGGCAGCGAUGGCAUGGACAGUCUAUGAAGGGAUGAUGGCUAAGAUGGGUCUGAAGUCCUGAAAGAAUGGAAGGAGAAAGGAUGGAAUCAGCCUAUUUCCACCACCCUGUCCCCAUUGAAUGAUGAUGCUGUCUGUCCAUUUUGGGCAAAAAUGAUGUUUCUAAUCCAGAGGUCCAGGCAGAAUUGAUUCACUUUCUGCAGUCAGUAUACAAGAAAUGGAAGUAUUUGACCAUUUGAAGCAUUCCAAGGGGCCCAUCUUGCCAGUAAACUGACUUUGGGUUGGGGAUGGGUGAAGGUUUUUGUAUACCUUGCAAAUCUACCUGUUCAAGGCACGUGGUAUCCAGAAAAAAUGUCUCUGUGGAAUAAUCCUACUUGAGCCACCUGUGUGCAUCAGGAUGGCCUUUUGCGUAAGUCAGUUGGAGAAGCACUUGUGAUUGUAUAGUCAGGCCCAUGUCCUGAGCUGAGGAGAAUUUCUUUGAAUUGCAAUUUUAAUUUAUUGAGGGUCUGAUGAGUAGACAAAAGACCCUUACCGUAGCCAGUUUUGGUUUUUGGCAAACUAUAAGGGAGAAAAGAAACCCUUAUUUUCAUUGAGUCCUCAAUCCUUGUUCUGAAGGAUGGAUCAGUUUGGUUUCCUGCUUGUUCCCCGUCAAGUCAGUUCACUUCUGUUUUGGCUUAGAAAGAACAUGUUAUUUCUGCCAAGCUCCAAGCUAGUUCAACAAGCCGCUUUGACGUUUUUCAGCAGCUAAGGUGGGGAUGUAUGAAAUCAAGCACCUUGUCAUUCACAUUAUUGAAAGCUGUUUAGACUACUUAGUUCGUAUUGUCCCUUGCCGUAGAAUGAUACAGUUCCAUUGGGAAGGCAGGCAUCCUUUUAAUCUAGUACUUGUUGUAGUGAAAACUGCCUUCUGACUCCCUUUCAGAAUAGGAAAACUUUCUGUGUUCUCUGCUCUGAAUUUGCCAAAGAAGUAGACCCAAAGACCCUUUUCAAGAGGGAAGGUAUAAAGACUCAGUAUUGUUGGUCUAGAAGCAUCUUAGGGGAGGCUCUCUGAACGAACGACCCUUUCUCCAGUGCCAGGGAAGACUCAGAGCUGCUUUUGCAGAUUUCCCCAAAGGCUUAACUCAGGGAGUUUCCCAAACUUGGGGUAUUAAAGGGGACACAGACAACCAAGUUUACUUAUUCAGAGGUUAUAUCACUUACAAUUUUCUAUUGUGUUUCAUGUUAAAAUACCUUUCCCUGAUGGAUAAGUAUUGGGGGGGCGGUGAGGGGUGGAGAAAAAUGUCUUUUUCCAUCUAAGGACACAGAUGCAUUAUUUUGUCAUAUCCCCUAACUUCACACAAGCUGCUAUAUCUGUGUUCCUUUCUGUGCUGUGUCAAUAGGAGAGUAGGAACAGGCCCAGCUCUUGAGGAAUCUGAAAGGCAAGGCAGAUUUUGGUUUAGGUUUUUAAAGAAAAAGUAAUUUGCCCUUAAGAUGGCACUUCAUUUUUGGAAUAAUUUGGAUGAAGCCAACUUAAAGUGGUUAGGGAUAGGAUGUACCAUGAUUCUAAUUUUGGCAAAUGUGAUGCAUCCUUUGGGUCACUGAGAGAUUAUAGAGUUAUUUAUUACACUUUUUUUAGGCCUACGUUAAAUGUACCUCUUGUAAUCUAGUAGUUACUUAAUGGGUCUUCACUUCUGUUUCAAGAAGCAAUGCUCCAAUUUGCUUCGAAGCUGAUUUGACCUGGCUCAUUAUGGUGAAGUUCUUCAAGCCUUGUAACUGAUAUUUUUACAUCCCAAGAAAGGAAGAAAGCUGAGAUUUUAAUUUCUAAACCUUGGAAAUCUAAUUUGUAUUUCUCCAAUGCGUGUGAUUUCAAAACUGGUGAAAUGUAACUGACUAAAUACAGUCUUAACUCCAUUUGUUGUUCAUGUUUGUGGCAUUACAUCAAAAUAAAACCUAAUAGAAAUGA